CAGAGGUCCGCAGCAUAUAAAGUGGAUAGUUUUCGUUUGCAUUUAUAAAGGAACAUUACGUGUAUAGCGGCCAGACAAUGCCGGUCUCCAUUAGAUAAAUGGUGUGACAAGUAGUUGAUUCAGUGUAGGCACAAAUUGAGCUGGACGCAGUGGUGAUCGUAUUUUGGUGGAGUACAUUUGUGUUUUGAAGUGUUUUUGUAACGUGAAGAUGUAUUGCGACUGGCCUGUGCUUCAGAGGUGCUGCUUCUGCAUGCCCUUACGAAGGGGAGUCCUGGUGGUUGCAUAUUUAAAUGUCCUGUUCUGCGGGUUCAUGGUGGGUGUAUACAGCUACGCCGUGCACAUCAGCCUGGGAACAGACCUGGUGUACCACGGCACCAACGUCGGGCUGCCGGCGGAGCUGUGCAUCUUCAUAUACCUGCUAGAGCUGGGAUUCAACGCGCUCCUCAUAUACGGCGCUCAUAUGAGAAUAAAAAAAUAUGUGCGAAUCUAUUACUACUUCGCCCUCUGCACCACUCUAACGACCGUCGUCCUGGGCUUAUUCGAGUUGACGGCCAUAAAGCACAUGUUCGUGGUGGUGGAGCUGGUCCUGUUAAUGUUCGCUGGAUUAUGCAUACAAAUAUACAUGCUGGUCCUCGUGUGGAAUUUACUUCAGAAGCUGGAGGACGACGGUCCCAACAUAUACGAGAACCAGCUGCACCAGAUCAUCAACGGUCAGGUCAAAGUUGAGGCCAAUGGGGUCUACAACCCCAGCACUACAAUACCACACGGUGUAGUCGAAGUGUAAAAGUCUAAUACUUAAAUUACAUUUAGUCAUAAGGCAGCAGUGUCAGCGAAAAUCCGCUAAAAGCAAUGGAAAU